UUUAUGGUCGCCAUAAUCGGCGGCAUCUGGUGACCUCAAUUGCGUCGUUAUGAGCGCUAUCCUCACAGGCCGGCAAGCCGAAGAACUGCACAAAGCUAUCCUAGCCUACCUCGGCGUUAUAAAUGCCCCCAACACUGCUGCCGCCCUUCGCGAGGAAGUUGACAUUGCCGCGAGCUUCGAUGACGCGACGCGGAAAAAGUACGAGGGACUCUUAGAGAAGAAAUGGACCAGUGUGGUGCGCCUGCAGAAGAAGAUAUUGGAGCUUGAACAGCGCAACCAGGCAUUGCAGAGCGAACUCGAUUCCACAACACCCACUUCCCUCAUACGCAAAAAUCAAGACCCUACCAGUUGGCUACCCCGAGCCCCAGCCCGGCACACACUGCAAUCCCACCGCUCCCCCGUUACCUGCGUCGCCUUUCACCCCGUCUUUUCGUCACUCGCUUCGGGUUCCGAAGAUACCACUAUUAAGAUUUGGGAUUGGGAACUUGGAGAGCUGGAACGAACAGUCAAGGGUCACACCAAGGGCGUACUGGAUGUAGAUUUUGGUGGUCCAAGAGGUGGAACACUUCUCGCAUCGUGCUCGAGCGACCUGACCAUCAAGCUCUGGGACCCUUCGGACGAAUAUAAGAACAUUCGAACCCUUCCCGGUCAUGACCAUUCCGUCUCUUCAAUCCGAUUCAUCCCCAGCGGUGCCGCCGGUGCCCCUUCCUCCGGUAACCUUCUCGUAUCCGCAUCGCGAGACAAGACGUUGAGAAUAUGGGAUGUCACUACAGGAUACUGCGUGAAGACUAUACAUGGACACGCAGACUGGGUACGCGAGGUCGCGCCUAGCUUUGAUGGUAGAUGGCUUUUGUCUGCAGGCAACGACCAAACCGCGCGCCUCUGGGAUGCUAGCACCGGCGAGCCCAAGUGCACAUUUUUAGGCCACGAACACACCAUCGAGUGCGUCGCCAUAGCACCGCCUGUUUCAUACUCAAAUUUGGCCUCCCUCGCCGGCCUCAAAAAGCCUCCGCCUAUGAGCAGCUCCGCCGAAUACAUCGCUACAGGGUCGCGAGACAAGACGAUCAAAAUAUGGGAUGGCAGAGGCACGCUCAUCAAGACGCUCGUGGGCCACGACAAUUGGGUACGCGGUCUAGUUUUCCAUCCUGGUGGCAAGUACCUACUCUCGGCAAGCGACGAUUACACCAUCCGAUGCUGGGAUUUGACGCAAGAAGGACGAUGCACCAAGGUCGUGUCAGACGCACACUCGCACUUUGUGAGUUGUAUAAGAUGGGCGCCCAACGCCGUCAAGGACGUGCCAGCGGGUGGGGAUGCAACAAACGGGACCGAUGUAAACGGUGCGAGCAAGAAGAAGGAAGAAGACGCCGCGAAGGCGGGAAUAAGAUGUGUUCUUGCAACGGGCAGCGUAGAUCUGAAUGUUCGCAUAUUCGCUACCUAG